UCAGCACAUCUCAAUCGUUCAUUGAUGGUAGAAGAACUUAUGUCAAAUCACUGUCUCUGUCUCGAGUAACGGCGGCAAAUUCAUACGGCAAGGCGGGGGAAGGGAGAGAGCGAGACCAGAGCGACGAGAGAUCGGCAUGGCACCCGAGCCCGAGGAUGACACCAGCGAGAAGAACCCUCGCCCCCUCGACGAGGACGACAUCGCCCUCCUCAAGACCUACGGUCUGGGGCCUUACUCUGCCAGCAUUAAGAAGACCGAGAAAGAAAUUAAGGAAUUAGCAAAGAGGGUUAAUGAUUUAUGUGGAAUUAAGGAAUCUGAUACUGGUUUAGCAACACCAAGUCAAUGGGAUUUAGUCUCUGAUAAACAGAUGAUGCAGGAGGAGCAACCUCUUCAGGUUGCAAGAUGUACAAAGAUCAUCAAUCCAAACACAGAAGAUGUGAAAUAUGUGAUAAAUGUCAAGCAAAUAGCGAAGUUUGUGGUUGGACUAGGAGAUAAAGUCUCUCCCACUGACAUUGAAGAAGGGAUGCGAGUAGGAGUUGACAGGAACAAGUAUCAGAUCCAAAUUCCUUUGCCACCAAAGAUUGAUCCGAGUGUUACAAUGAUGACGGUUGAAGAGAAGCCUGAUGUUACAUACAAUGAUGUAGGUGGAUGCAAGGAGCAAAUUGAGAAGAUGCGAGAAGUUGUAGAACUUCCUAUGCUUCAUCCAGAGAAGUUUGUCAAACUAGGUAUUGAUCCUCCAAAAGGUGUUCUCUGUUACGGGCCCCCAGGAACUGGCAAAACAUUACUAGCUAGAGCAGUAGCUAACAGAACAGAUGCUUGCUUUAUUCGUGUCAUCGGAAGUGAGCUUGUCCAAAAGUAUGUUGGAGAAGGGGCUCGGAUGGUUCGCGAGCUUUUUCAGAUGGCACGGUCAAAAAAAGCCUGCAUUGUCUUCUUUGAUGAAGUUGAUGCAAUUGGUGGUGCUCGGUUUGAUGAUGGGGUUGGUGGCGACAAUGAAGUUCAGCGUACCAUGCUUGAAAUUGUCAAUCAGCUUGAUGGAUUUGAUGCUAGAGGAAAUAUUAAAGUUCUAAUGGCUACCAACAGGCCUGAUACAUUAGACCCUGCACUGUUGCGUCCUGGACGAUUGGAUCGGAAGGUGGAGUUUGGUCUACCAGAUCUGGAGGGCCGAACGCAGAUAUUCAAGAUCCACACGAGGACCAUGAACUGCGAGAGGGAGAUUCGGUUUGAACUCCUUGCUCGCUUGUGCCCCAAUUCCACUGGGGCGGAUAUAAGGAGCGUUUGCACCGAAGCUGGCAUGUUUGCCAUCAGAGCAAGAAGGAAGACGGUCACGGAGAAAGACUUUCUCGAUGCAGUGAACAAAGUUAUUAAGGGUUACCAGAAGUUCAGUGCGACGCCCAAGUACAUGGUCUACAACUAGCAAAGUUAUUAAUUCGUUCGAUCCGCAUGCCCUGUGUUAUUCGCUCGAGGAGGCUCGUCUCCCCCUGUUCACUUCUCGUCUCCACUGUGAUGUUCCAUAAUCAGUUCCUGUUUCCCAUGACCUUGUACGUGCGUGCUCCAAGUCUUGGGUGGCGCACAACAUGCGAAAACAUUCUUUAAGGUGCGACAAAUUAUUGAAUUACUA